AUGAGACUUGUGGUGAAAUUAAGUUCUAAACACAGCGCCCCCUCCAGUGAAGUGCACCAGAGCACCUGCCACGGCGCCAUGUCAAUCCCUCCUCACCCUUCUCUCUCUCCUCAUCCUUCUCACCCUCUUCACACUCCUUCCUUCUCUCUCUUCUCUCUCUCCUCACCCUCCUCCAUUUUCUCCCUCCUCACCCUCCUUCCUUCUCUCCCUCCUCACCCUCCUUCCUUCUCUCCCUCCUCACCCUCACCCUUCUCUCCCUCCUCACCCUCCUCCCUCAGAUCAAAUUGA